UCGUUUCUUAGAACAGCCACUCCUACGGCAUCACCGGCCAGCUUAACUGAGAUGAUUGAAUUUCCGCUGUGAUAACAGCCAGCGUUAUCUUGUUUGUAAUAAGCCAUUUCCAGGUCUGGAAUUUCCCUUUUCAGGGUAGUGAGGCAGUCAAGCAUUAUCGAAGCCACAGUCACACUGUCUUGAGCGCAGCUUUGAAAUACGUGAACAAGUGUUUGCGAUUCAAAGUGCUCAGAACCCUCUGACCGUCUUAUGGCAACGCUAAUGUGCCAUGGCAAUCCUCGUUUCGCAAACCAAUCUGACUGUGCCUCUCGAUAUUUUCGGGGCAUAUAUUUCAUUGCCCAGUACUAGACUAACAGCACCCAUCGGCUGUCGAGUUUGGCUAAAACUGAAUGCUUUGUCUCAGCUUGGUGGACUGAACGUAGCUGAUGGGCUUUCCAGCUAAUGAUAUCAUCCCUUGCCUGUUUGAUAGUAAUGGCAGGAAUAUCAAAGUCACUCGCUUGUUCAUCAACCUGACAAAAAAGUGAACACAUUGCUUUGGAUGGCUUCGAAAUGAGAUCGACCGUGUGCAAGCACGGGGUGUCGUGUAUAAAAGCGCAAGUCGCAAAGUGACCUGUUGGACAACCGUCUACAAUGUAAGAGGAUUAUUUAUCCAUUAUUUUGUUUAUGUGAAGAAUUUAUUCAGUCGAUACCUGUAUCAUUCCAAAACCUGGGCCUCUAUAAAGCAGUUUAAGUAAUAACUCCUGGGUAAUCCAGGUAUUACAUAUUGUGGGAGAAACUAUUGUUAAUACAAACCUCUUAUUGUCUCCUAAUUUACUAACUUAAUAAAUAGCUUGAAAUUACCCUCAACUCCAGUGAUGUCAGUCAACAGUCUUGCCUCUUUAUCAUAAUUCAAAGUCACUCUAUGUUCCGUACAGUUAACGCGGGAAUAUACAAGCCAAGUUUUUUAACAAUACUGACAUUCAUCGGCUAUGUUGCAUUACUCCAGUCAAGAAAAGGGACUUUUAGCACUGAAGGUUUUGUGGAUUUCAUCAACAACCUGACCUGCAGACUCAUUAAUCCAAGCAAAUCUGAAAUUGGCAUCACCAAAAACAUCCUCAACCACAUAAACAAAGUAAUUUAAGAAACCAAGGUGAACCUGUGGAAAAGUACUAACAACACUAUAGAAUGGUUCAAGGCAAUCCCAGAAAAGGAAAAGCACGCAUUUAUCACCUUUGACGUGUGCGACUUCUAUCCAUCCAUAUCUGAAGACCUGCUACUGAAUGCGUUAGAUGAUGCCUCCAAAUUCACCACAAUCACUCAACAAGACCGCCAAAUUAUCAUUCACGCAAAAAAUCACUCCGUUACCACCAAAACUCUCCAUGGACCAAGAAGGAAACAAAGGACAAGUUUGAUGUUACAAUGGGCUAAUAUAAAGGAGCAGAAAUGUGUGAAUUGAUAGGAAUGUACAUGUUCUCCUUGAUCGCAGCUAAAUUAUACGAUGAGGUUGGACUGUACCAUGACAAUGGUCUUUCAGUUUGCAAAGCCAUACAUGAAGCCGAACAAAAAACUAUCGUACGUCCACCGACAGAGCAACCACCACCAGCAUUACUAAAACACAUACCACUCAACAUCGACAAAAGGCUAACUGACAUUUUACCCAGCAGAGAAAUAUUUGAAGAAUCAAUUCCCCCUUACCAGCAAGCACUCAAAGAAAGUGGAUAUGAUCACAAACUGACAUACAAUUCAGAGCCCACUCCAAGAAACAAAAGAGAAAAAGGGACAUUACAUGGUACAAUCCAAUAAUAUAUAUUAUAUAUUAUAUAGGUGGUGAUCCUAGGGAAAGGAGGCAAUCAGUUGCUCAAAAUCCUCUCCCCAACCUUACUCUUCGUAAAUUUUCACAGGGGAUAGGGCCGUGCAUUGCCAAUCGACCAGGGGGUAGUGAGGUGUUCCUGAUUGCAGAAAAAUGUUAUGUACAUCUCCUCGGACCUAACCACAUGAAGGUCAAUUAUCAGCUGCAUUGCCAGCAUGGUUGGUUCAGUGGCUGAGUGGUUUAGGCAUCCGACCAGCAAUCUGGAGACCCAGGUUUGAUUCCUGGCUGAACCACAUUUUUCACUCAUUUCUUUAGUUGUGUAAUUUCUGUUCCUUCUUAACAUUAUUUAUUAUUAUAUAUUAUAUAUGAAUUAUUACAAAAUGAAUACAACUGCUUACAGCAAGCUAAUAAAGGAAAAUGGAACAAAAAGGUACAAGAAAUCAAGUGGCAAAGUUGUAGAGAAGUUGAAUGCACAGUCUGCAAAAAUAGCUGAAAAUCUUGAACUGGGCAACCGCAUUGAAAAACUAGGCGAAAAGGAGGAGGCAUUUCUAACUUUAAAAGAUCACAAACCUGCAUUCCACGACCACCUGCCCUGCCGCUUAAUCAAUCCAUCCAAAUCUACAAUCAGUGUGAUAAGUAAACAUAUCCUUGAUGAUAUCAACACAACCUUCACCAAUAAAACGAAGAUCAAUCAAUGGAAAAACACAUCUGGUGUUCUCAAAAGGUUUAACGGCCUGCAACCCAAAGAGUCGCUAUCUUUUAUAUGUUUUGAUGUGUGUGAUUUUUACCCGACAAUAACCGAGAAGCUACUCCACAAAGCGCUUGAUUUUGCCAAUAGUUACCGACCCAUCAGCGAACAUGAACGUGACAUAAUAAUCCAUGCUAAAAGGUCACUGCUGUUCAGCAUAAACAUCCCUUGGGAGAAGAAGACCUCCAACAACCGAUUCAAUGUAACUAUGGGGUCAUUUGAUGGCACAGAAACUUGUGAGCUGGUGGGUUGCUACAUCUUAUCACUUCUAACUGAAAAGUAUGGAAAUAGCAUUGGUCUUUAUUGUGAUGAUGGGCUGUCCUCAUUUAAUAAAACGCCACAAAAGAUUGAAAAGUGUAAGAAAGAUAUCUGCAAAAUUCUCCGUGAUAAUGAUCUAAAGAUCACAGUGGAGGCCAACCUAACCAAGGUCAAUUUUUUAGAUCUUACCCUCAACCUAAAAAGCAGGAAGCACUUGCCAUACACAAAAGAAGGAAAUACCCUGCUAUACGUACUUAAGCAAUCUAACAUCCCCCUUCUAUUCUAAGAAACAUUCCUGAAUCCAUCAACAUGUGUCUUUCAGAAAUUUCAUCUGACAAGGAUUGCUUCAACAAGGCCAAAGGUGCAUACCAAGAUGCACUUAAUAAAAGUGGCUGCAAAUACAACCUGUCAUUUAAAACCCCAACCUCUGAUGCGUCACAAAGGAGCAAGAACUGCCAAAGAAACAUCCUGGGGUUCAAUCUGCCAUACAGCCAAAAUGUAGAAACGAAAGUCGGUAAAUGCUUCCUCCAAUUAAUUGAUCAAAAUUUCCCUAAAACCAACCUGCUGCACAAAAUCUUCAACAUGAAUACUCUAAAGCUGAGCUACAGCUGUAUGACGAACGUAAAAACCAUUAUCUCCAGCCACAACAAAGCCCAGAUUAACAAACCAUCAAGCCAAUCAGAAGAAAUUGAUAACAACUGUACUUCACCCUGAGGAAGGCUGGUGUAUCUGGCCGAAAUAUAGGUGAAGGAUAGAAAACAUAUUGUUUUACUCUUCAUUUGCGCUGUUUUCAUAUUAUAUACUAUGAAGAGGAUAUGACAUUGGAUGUGUGCGAUAGAAUAUAUAUAGUUUGUACAAAGGAGAAUGGACUACAUCUGUUCAUUUGAAUCCUCUAUUGACCUGUCACAUUUCGGCUUACCCCUCUUCAGGGGUCUAUAUAUAUUAUAUGUAUUUGUCUGCGUUUAUGAAAACAAUGUUAAUGAAAUCAAGUGGUUUUUAUUAAUUUUUCUUUGUUAUUGUUUAUUUAUUUAUCUUUUUAAUUUCCUUAUGCUAGCAGCUUGUAACUCUUCCCUAGCAUAAAAUGUAGAGGACUUCUUGCUGCAUGUUUUGUUUAUUUAUCUAUUUUUUUCAUUAUUCAUCGCUACCCCUCCCCCAUCCCCUUUUCAAUCGGUGUUAAGUUUAGCCCAGACU